AUGUUCAAACGACUCGCAUUUGGCCUCCUGGCCCUUCAAUCCGUGGCCGCAACGCGCUUCGUCAUGUAUAUUGAUGAAUGGCAUGUAACAGAUCUCCCCGGAUCAGACAAGACCGAGGGCAUAGACUAUGCUGUCAUGGGAUUCGCUCCCUCGAAGAAUUUCAACUCAGGCUCAUCAUUCACACCAUUCGAGUCUCCCAACAGUAUGCGCAAGCGUUUCAGCCCUGACACCAAGCUGAUGAUUGCCAUUGGCGGCUGGGGUGAUACAGAGGGUUUCACUGAGGCAGCGAAGACCGAGGCUUCGCGUGAGCGAUACGCCAAGAAUGUUGCUUCGAUGCUCGAUGCCAAUGGAUUCGACGGCGUUGACAUCGACUGGGAGUACCCUGGUGGUAAUGGCCAAGAUUACAAACAGCAUCCAAACUCGGAGAAAGUCGACGAGAUCGAAACUUAUCCCUUGUUUCUCGAGGCCAUGCGAAAGGCAAUCGGCGACAAGAUCCUUUCUAUCGCAGUGCCCGGUCGCAAGCAGGACUUCAUUGCCUUCACCAAGGAGCAGAGCCCCAAGAUCUUCAAGUCGGUUGAUAUGGUCAAUGUGAUGAGCUAUGAUCUGAUCAACCGCCGCGAUAACGUCACCGGCCACCACAGCGGUGUCCAGGGUUCUUUGAACACUGUCAACGAGUAUCUCGCCCUUGGUGCUGAUCCUGAGCAGCUUAAUCUUGGCUUUGCUUAUUAUGCCAAGUGGUUCACCACCGACCCCGACUCCGAUUGUGACGAGAACCCCCUCGGCUGCAAGCUCGCCCACUGUCGCGGAUCCCCCAAGAAUCUGAAGGAUUCUUCCAACGGACAGUGUGGAUUUGCAGCGGGCGCCAAGUGCCCUAGCGGACAGUGCUGCAGUUCUUCCGGUUAUUGCGGAACCACCGAUGAGUUCUGCCAAGCUGGCUGUCUUUCCGACUAUGGCACUUGCAAGGGGGUCUCCAUUACAGCCUCGUGGCGUAAGGCCCAGCAGGAUGGCAAGACCGACGACAAGGGCGGUGGCCAGUACUACUUUGAUAAGGAGAACAAUCUCUUCUGGACUUGGGACACACCGGAGAUGAUUGAUCGCAAGUUCAAGGAGAUUGUCGCGGAGAAGAAGCUUGGCGGUGUCAUGGCUUGGAGCUUGGGUGAGGAUACCUACAAGUUUGAGCACCUGCAGGCCAUGCAGAAGGGUCUCAAGUCUCACUCUCCUAAGGCACCUGCAAAGGCACCUGCAAAGCCAAUUGGAACUUGUGGUAAGCACUAG